UAUGAUGAACUUCUGUCCGUUUCUUUUCUCAGGCCCUGCUACCAGCUGAUACCGAACCAGACGAAGCAACUCAACAACAAUAUUGACAACGACUUGAUAACUAUUAGAUCCACGACACUGGAUGGACUAACAACCAAGAACUGGAACCCGUCGAAGAUAUCCUUGUCAACAUAGUCCUGUACCAAGGAGGAUGGCUGACUUUAUCUGGCCCGGUGCCAGUCCAAGCACCGCUCCGACUGCCUCUGCCUCAUCGGCUCUAGGCUCGCCCUCUACAACACCUACAGCAACAUCAACAGCAUCAGACGGAGGCACAUUCUUCUCUCCUGGCGUUUCCGGCCCCGCAGCACCCACCUCAACCGCACUAGAUUCCAGUACCUUUUACUCAUCCUCCGUUUCUGUAUUGACUUCCACUGCAUCAGAUGGAGGCACAUUCUUUUCUACAGACAUCUUGGCAUCUGCUACUGGUCCUAUGGUAGUUACCUCGACUGCACCAGAUUCCGGUAUCUUCUACUCAUCUGACGUCUUUACCUGGACUUCAACGGCAUCAGAUGGCGGAGCAUUCUUUUUCUCUGAUACCCCUACAUCCACUGUUGAUUCGCACCCUAGUACCCAUUGUCUCCCAACCGCACACCUCGACAACCCUCUGAACCCUAAUGUGGCACCGCCGAUUGAUGCUGUGCCAUCAUUCGUUGACUACAGCACACCACCAAUUGCAUUACCUGAAGUUGCCGGGCUUGCUUUCGACCGUGGAACACCAUUUGAAAUGCCCCAUCUUACCUCUGUAGGAAAAGACAUGCCUACGGCGUUAUCGUCAGUUUUGACAAAGCGGGCCGUUCCCAGAAUCGCGAGUAACCCAGGUCCGAUUCUCGGUGCUGUGGUAAUCGUUCUGGGUAUCGUUCUUGCGUUGUUCUUGUCAGUCAAGUACUGUUUGCGCAGAAGUUCCGGGCCCCACGAUUUGGAAAAGGGAAAUUAUCCGUACACUCGCGGUCGUCGUCGCUACCGGGAUGGUUCACCUUCAGUCACUCGUCCUGAUGACAUUCCAAUCUCCGAAGGCUAUGGCAUGGAUCCCGUCGAUCUUGCUCGCGCUCAGAAUUGGCAAGACGGUUUCUCUGAAAAAGUGGAUUCCCAUUUCCGGAGGCGGUAACGGUGGCGCGUAUGUAUCUCCGCAGCUUCCCAGCUCCAUCCCAACACGCAAGCUGGUACCUAAACCCCGUCCUGUAACCCAGCUGCCGGUGCCCUCAUCCGACCUGCGCCCUCUAGAUAUAAUUGAUCAGCCAGUCUCCCCGUUGAGUUCGGACGAUGGACAGAUUGAUCACAACCGUACGCGAGAUUACAACAAUGUCUCACCUCUUAACUCGCCUACAAUGCGUCGUGGUCCUUUUGGGUGGUUGUGAGGGUGCACCCGAAAAUGUGGUGUGGUCGCUGAAGAUGAAACACAAGCAGUUGU